AUGAUCUUCCCAAGAGCACUGAAUGUCAUCAACCCUCGCCAACGACGAACGGUUGUCUCUAUGCUCUUUGGCCUCACCGCAUUUGCCUCCAUCGUCACCGUGUCCGCAUCCAAUGUUCUAUCAUGCCCAGCACAUGACCGGGAGCGUUUCGCAGAUGGAGUCGCUCAGGAGGGGAUGAAGGGACGACGGGCCGUCACGGUAGUGGAAAAGAGACCACGGAGGUGGAUCGAAGAGACGCGUCCG